AUGGACAGCUUUAUGCUGCUGGCCUCCCGCUUCAUCCGGGUCAAUCGGGUGCCGGUGGUGUACAUCCACUCGACGCUGGACAGCGGCGGCAUGAUCGCCGCGAAGCCCCGCCCCGGCGGCGACUCCCCCGCCGACGAGGAAAGCGCGGAGCCGGCCGAGGAGGUCGGGAGCCCGCAGGCGGCCCGCAUGGAUCUCAUCUACGACCUGCCUAUCGUCUCGCGCGAUAGCCUUCGCACGCAGCACGCGCUGCGCAAUUUGGCCUACAACUUCCUACGCGACCCUUUCUUUACAUCGUCGAUUAAACUUUUUAUUUACCAAAAUUUUAUUAAGGGCUUUGUUAACCGAAUUCCCCUUCUGGGCUCUCUGGUGGGCUUUCAAGUAUCCUACUAUCUCGCGGUACAGCAUCAUAGUUUCUUAUACUCGGUAGGGCAAUAA